CGGUAUGGCUGCCAGCGCCAAGUCCUUCCUGGCCGAUGCGGGCUACGGCGAGCAGGAGCUGGACGCCAACUCCGCCCUCAUGGAGCUGGACAAAGGCCUCAGGUCUGGCAAACUCGGGGAGCAGUGCGAAGCCGUCGUUCGUUUUCCCAGGCUCUUCCAGAAAUAUCCUUUCCCUAUUCUCAUUAAUUCAGCUUUCCUAAAGCUAGCUGAUGUUUUCAGAGUGGGAAACAACUUCCUGAGGCUGUGUGUGCUAAAAGUUACUCAGCAGAGUGAGAAGCACUUAGAGAAGAUCCUAAAUGUGGAUGAGUUCGUCAAAAGAGUGUUCUCAGUAAUUCAUAGCAAUGAUCCAGUUGCUCGGGCUAUUACACUUCGGAUGUUGGGCAGCAUGGCAUCUAUUAUUCCAGAAAGGAAGAAUGCACAUCACAGUAUUCGUCAGAGUUUGGAUUCCCAUGAUAAUGUGGAAGUUGAAGCUGCUAUAUUUGCUGCUGCCAACUUUUCUGCACAAUCAAAGGAUUUUGCUGCUGGAAUAUGUAAUAAAAUCAGUGAGAUGAUUCAAGGUUUGGCCACACCUGUGGACUUGAAAUUGAAGUUGAUACCUAUUCUACAGCACAUGCAUCAUGAUGCUAGCCUGGCCUCCAGCUCCCGGCAACUGCUUCAGCAGCUGGUAACAUCAUAUCCCUCUACCAAGAUGGUCAUUGUUACUCUGCACACCUUUACUCUGCUUGCUGCUUCUUCAUUGGUUGACAUUCCUAAACAGAUCCAGCUUUUGUUGCAGUACUUGAAGAAUGACCCCAGGAAGGCUGUGAAGAGGCUUGCAAUUCAAGAUUUAAAGUUGUUGGCCAACAAGACACCACAUACAUGGAGCAGAGAAAAUAUUCAGGCACUCUGUGAAUCUGCUCUUCACACUCCUUAUGACAGCUUGAAACUGGGCAUGCUAUCUGUUCUUUCCACGUUAUCAGGGACCAUUGCCAUUAAACAGUACUUCAGCAGUGCUCCAGGAACAGCAGCUACAACUGCAAGAUCAUUUGAUUUAGUAAAACUGGCACAGGAGUGCUGUUACCACAAUAACCGUGGCAUUGCAGCUCAUGGUGUGAGAAUUCUGACUAAUAUAUCAGCCUCUUGUCAGGAAAAAGAUCUUCUGCCUUUGGAGCAAGAUGCAGUUUUUGGCUUAGAAGCUCUUCUUGUUCUUUGUAGUCAAGAUGACAGUCCAGGAGCUCAGGCAACCUUAAAGAUCACAUUAACUUGUAUGGUGAAGCUGGUCAAGUGCCGUCCUCACCUGAGCCAGUCAGUAGUUGAAUCCCUGCUGACCCAGUUGCACAGUGCCCAGGAUGCUGCUAGGAUUCUCAUGUGCCACUGUUUAGCAGCUAUUGCCAUGCAGCUGCCUGUCUUAGCAGAUGGGAUGCUAGGAGACCUAAUGGACCUCUAUAAAUUAAUUGGACGAUCUGCCACAGAUAAAAAACAGGAACUCUUGGUUUCUCUUGCCACAGUGAUAUUUGUUUCCAGUCAGAAAGCUUUGUCUUCAGAAGUCAAAACUGUUAUCAAACAGCAGCUUGAGAAUGCCUCCAAUGGAUGGACAGCCUACAGGAUAGCAAGGCAGGCUUCCAGAAUGGGCAACCAUGACAUGGCCAGAGAACUGUAUCAAAGCCUGCUGACUCAAGUGGCUUCAGAACACUUCUACUUCUGGCUGAACAGCUUGAAGGAGUUCUCCCAUGCAGAACAGUGUCUGACAGGUUUGCAGGAGGACAACUACAGCUCAGCGCUUUCUUGUAUUGCUGAAGCUCUAAAAUCCUAUCACAAAGGAAUAGCGUCACUGACGGCUGCUAGUACGCCACUUAAUCCUCUGAGCUUUCAGUGUGGAUUUGUGAAACUCAGGAUUGACCUUCUGCAAGCUUUUUCUCAACUUAUUUGUACCUGCAACAGCCUAAAAACAAGUCCACCACCAGCUAUUGCCACAACGAUUGCUAUGACAUCAGGAAAUGAUCUCCAAAGGUGUGGACGCAUCUCUAACCAGAUGAAACACUCAAUGGAGGAAUUCCGAAACCUGGCUACACGGUAUGGAGAUCUGUAUCAGUCAUCUUUUGAUGCAGACUCGGCAACUCUAAGGAAUGUAGAACUACAACAGCAGAGCUGCCUGUUGAUUUCACAUGCAAUAGAAGCUCUGAUUUUGGAUCCAGAAUCUACGAGUUUCCAGGAAUAUAGCUCAAAUGGAACAGCACAUGUUGAGAGUGAAUAUGAAAGAAGAAUGAUGUCUGUAUUUAAUCGUGUACUGGAAGAAGUGGAAUCCCUCAACAGGAAGUAUGCUCCUGUGUCUUACUUGCAUACAGCUUGUCUGUGUAAUGCUGUCAUUGCAUUGUUGAAGGUACCCCUUUCAUUUCAAAGGUACUUUUUUCAAAAGCUGCAGUCUACAAGUAUUAAGCUUGCUCUAUCCCCAUCUCCGAGGAACCCAGCAGAACCUAUUGCAGUACAGAACAAUCAGCAAUUGGCCCUAAAGGUGGAAGGAGUGGUUCAGCAUGGAUCUAAACCAGGCCUUUUCCGUAAAAUCCAAUCCGUCUGUCUAAACGUCUCUUCAGUGCUGCAGAGCAAAUCUGGACAAGAUUAUAAGAUUCCUAUUGACAACAUGACCAAUGAAAUGGAGCAGAGGGUGGAACCACACAACGACUACUUCAGCACUCAGUUUCUGUUAAACUUUGUGAUACUUGGUACCCACAACAUCACAGUAGAGUCCUCUGUAAUAGAUUCAAAUGGUAUUGUCUGGAAAACUGGGCCUAAAACAACUAUCUUUGUUAAAUCUCUUGAGGAUCCAUACUCCCAGCAGGUUCGUCUUCAGCAACAGCAAGGACAGCCACCAUCACAGCAGCAACAGCAAAGAACAGCAUACUCACGGUUUUAAUUCCCAGAAGUGACUCUAUCCUGGUCAAUGAUAUUACAGUUUUUCUUGGAUGCUUUUUUUGAAAGACCUACAAUUUUAACCUUCUCCUAGAAAGCCUCAGAUGCCAAUUUUGCUUUUUAAAUUAUCUGGGGUAAAUUUGAACUUGAUUCAGCAGAGGCAACUCUGUUCAAAUUUGGAGUUGUGCUUUUAGUCUAAGAACUUCACCAUGAUCUCUUCACUUCUGUUUACAAACCUGUUGCAGCAGGCUCCAC